AUGGGGGAGCGCGCGGACGAGGCGCCGCUGCUGUUCUGGGCCGAGGGCCCCGCCGUGUCCGCGCCGCCGCCCGCAGCCGAGGCCGGCGGCAGCAGCAGUGGCGCUCGGCGGCUCGGCGGCGGCUGGAGCUCGGCUCCGUGGGAAGGCGAGGGGCCGGAGGAGGCGGCGGGGCCGCCGCGGGCGGAGGCGGAGGAGGAUCAGAUCGUGGCCGUGUUCGUCGUCACUUUCGACCCCCGCACGGGCAACAUGGUGGAGUGGUGUUUACCCCAGGAUAUUGAUUUGGAAGGCGUGGAAUUCAAAUCCAUGGCAAGCGGGUCCCACAAAAUCCAGUCGGAUUUCAUUUACUUCCGGAAAGGGCUCUGUUUUGGCCUGGCCUGCUUUGCCAACAUGCCUGUGGAGAGUGAGUUAGAGCGUGGUGCCCGCAUGAAGUCCGUGGGGAUUCUGUCCCCUUCCUACACCCUGCUAUAUAGGUACAUGCACUUCCUGGAGAACCAGGUGAGACACCAGUUGGAGAUGCCAGGGCACUACUCCCAUCUAGAGGCAUUCUAUGAUGACAAGAAAGGAGUUCUCCCCAGUAGCAAGGGCACCUCCAACUCUCAGCAACCUGUCCACUGGCUGCCAUCCAUCCACAGAUACAUGUACCCGGAGAUGAAGAUCACACACCCUGCUGGCUGUAUGUCUCAGUUCAUCAAAUUCUUCGGUGAGCAGAUCCUUGUCCUCUGGAAGUUUGCCCUGCUGCGCAAGCGCAUAUUGAUAUUUUCACCACCCCCAGUUGGAGUUGUCUGCUAUAGAGUCUACUGCUGCUGUUGCCUUGCCAAUGUUUCUCUGCCUGGUCUUGGAGGAACUGUCCCAGAGUCCAAACCAUUCUUCUAUGUGAAUGUGGCAGACAUAGAAAUGCUGGAGACAGAAGUAUCCUAUGUGGCCUGCACAACAGAAAAGAUCUUUGAGGAGAAACGGGAUCUCUAUGAUGUCUAUGUGGACAACCAGAAUGUGAAGACGCAUCACGAGCAUCUGCAACCACUCCUGAAAAUUAAUAAUGCUGACAAGGAGAAGUACCGGCGGCUCAAUGACCAGAGGCAGAUGUUAAUGUAUUCUCAGGAAGUGGGUGAUGAUUGUAAUUCCUGUGAAGAGGACCUUUUCAUCUUGUUUUUCAUGGAGCAGAAUAACCGCAUAUUUCAGACGCUGAUGGAGGUGUCAGCCAGCCAGGACAAGACACUGACAGCUGACCAUGCACGAGGCAUGGGCCUGGAUCCUCAAGGGGAUAGAAGUUUCCUUUUGGACCUGCUGGAAGUAUACGGCAUCGAUGUUAUGCUAGUCAUUGACAACCCCUGCUGCACAUAAACUGUGGGCAAGAGAUGGGGAGCAAAGAACACUUUUUAAAGACUACCAGACAUUGCUUAGGAGGAUCACUGGAACUCACCGCAGCCACAGUUACUAAAUAAAGUUAAAGGGAGAGUAUUUAUAAUUUUAAAACAAAAUGUGAUUUUAUUUUCUCUCCCUCAGCCUCCCAGUGAGUAUCUGCUCCAGGUUUGGUUUUGUUUGGUAUUUGGUUUUGUCUUCCUUUCUCUUUCAUCUGUGUUUUUUCUUUUUUUUGUUUAGCUAGGACCAGGGGCAUGUUUGCAGCAAUCUUUGCUGUUGCCAGUGAUAGCUAGGUUUUGGGCUAGCCUGGAUACCUGAGGGCUUAAGGCUUCAGGAAAGCACUUUGUCUGAUAGGGACCAAUGUGAACUGCUGUAACUGAGCUCUCAAGCCUUGACUGGAAAACCCUCCUAUCAUCUCCUCUUCCACCUGGGACUGAAGAGAGCUUCAGCACAACUCAGUUUCAUAAAACAUCUGUCCUACCAUGUUUAUUGGUGGGGACAGUUAAGCCAAUGAUAAAAACUAGGACUCCUUUAAGUACUCCUUACCAGCUUCUAGCAGUUGGGUUGGAAUAAAGCUACCCGUCCUCGUCAGUGGCAGAAGCAACUUUGGAAUAAGGGGGUGCUACAGGACCAUAUGACUUUGCUUGCCAUAGUGGCACGGUUUUACUUCCAGCAUCUGAAGUAGUAUAAACUGGCAAAGACUGCACCUACCCUAUCUCAUAGCUGGAGAAGAGCAGCAUCUCUACCUGAUUCCUUCUACCACUUCUUCUGGUCUUCAGUUGCAUCACACCUGCUGCUUUGGUUUAAAAUCUUCAAACCAGCAAGAUGGUCUCCCAUUUAACAGGGAUCAAUAUCACUGAACCACCUUGCAGUCAGUAUGUUUUACAUCCUCAGUUUGGAUGGUGCUGGGCCGGAUUGGGUUGAAUAAGUAUGCUUCAACUAAUGUCACUAGCCCUUCCUUUGUAGCACAUGGUACUUGUCACUCCUUUGCUUUAAAACUGUCUGCUGAUCCACUUUUUGUCAAGCAGCCUUCAGCACUGCCUGCAGCUGUCCUUGGCUUUCAGUGUGAGGCAGAGUGCCUUCACAGUUUGCAGGAAGUUCCCUUUGAGUUUGGUGUUCUUAAGUAGCACAGCUGCAGUGUCUAACAGCAAACCUUUUUUUUUUCCUGGAUAGAGAAGCAGUAGAACCACAUGAACAGUGUUUACUUUUGUACUGUGGAAAGAGUAGGAUUCAGCUCAUGCAGGACCAGUGGUUACCUCCACGAAAGCUAUCCCAGUAAAGAGUAAUCCCUUUGCCAUGUGAAAUCCAAGAAUGGUACUGUGGAUUUUAGGUGUGACAUCUUGCUUUGCCCCAAAUCCUUUAGUCAGUAGAAGCAUCAGCUUUAAGCUAACUGUUCUUCCUGAACUGUGGCUAUAGUUAAUUAGCUGCUGUUUCUACCAUAAUAGACUUCAGCACCCUUGGAGGCUUUCAGUGGUUUGCAGGAACGCAAGCUGUAGCUGAUGUAUCUAUUUAUCCUACCAUUUUGUAGACUCUCUGUGGCUUGUCUCCCUCUGGAAGGAAGGAGGCUGGCAUGGCCUGUUUUUUCAUGAAGCGUCAGCAGCAAAGGGGUAGUUUUGCUUGCUGUGGAUUCAGGUUUUAGUGUCAUGUGGAACUGGGGGGCCUCACAAGACUUUCUGCACAGUUCUUGGUAUGAGCUUCAGCAUAUUCUGUUCCUGUGAUCUGUCUGUCUCUGAGCAGUCACUCCCCUGCCAGCUUUUUCAGGGCUUUGGAUGGUUUUGGGUGUUACAGGAGAAAAUGUGCUACUGCUUGUAUUGCCAGUUGCUCACAGCUGUAACAUUAUUCUUAGAAGGUUGGGGGUAAAAGGGAGAAAGGAAAAAGGAAGAAAUGGAGAAAGUGAUAAAACCAGAGCUGAGUAUCAUUUAAUGCAAAGACUGGCCUCUUUUCCUUAAGAAAAUGCUUUGGUUUUAAAUUGGCACCUCUAUUAUAAAAGUGAGCCACAGUCUCCAUGUUUUUUUUUUUUUCUAACCUCCACUUCAGUUGUAACAUGCUGUCUGCAACUAAGAUCCCUGAGGAAGUGUAGCUGUCACUUGAUUUCCUUCAGAUACAAAAAAGAGGAACUGAAACUAGUCUCUAGCAAUUCUUCCUCUCACUUUCUUGAAGGUUUGCUACAUAGUUAAGCUGUGGUCAGCAGCUAAUGACUUCCUAUUCUCUUUGAUGUCAGUCUUCUUUUGCUGAACUAACUAGAAACAAAGCUUUGUAAUUGAAAUCUUACAGCCUCUGCAGCCGGAAGCUUUCUACCACCUUGCAUUAGAGCACUCUGUUCACAAGCUGUCAGAACAUCAGGUCUACUAGACAGCACUAAGAGCUUACUGAGCAGAGCCUCAUGAAAUUACUAUUUGACGUUUAUUAAACUUCUGCUUUCCAGAAACUAGGUCUUCAGCUGCCAGCAGGAGUGUGGGUGCAGAAGCAUCAAACCAAGUAGGAUAUUGUAAAAGUAGCAUUCAUGCUACAUCCUGUCUGGGAGGCUACAGCCUGUUCUGCUCUUCUUUGUAACACUACUUCUCUACAGCCUCUCCUGGCAGGUGACUGCUAGGAAAGUCAGGAAGUUGCCAGACAGAAAACAAGAAGAUGAUUUCUCUCUCCUCUUCCUUCCUUCCUUAAUUUGCUGCAGAACUUUCCACCUGCACUCUCCUUUUCUGACAGACACUGCUGUUGGUGUUGUCACAUGUGGAAAAAAAUCCGUGAUAAAUGGGUACAUAAUACAAACAAAUGGCUACAGCUUAGGACAUGAUGGCUUGUUCAGCAGGCUGGUUUCAUCUGGAACCAAUUUAACUGAAUCUUACCUUUCCAGGAGAUGAUAUAAUUCGAGGUAGAACAGUUAAGUGCAGACAUUUAAAAUCCCCUCCUUGGCACUUAAUACUUGCUUUUUUGAAUACUAGCAGCUGGAAGGGAGGCAGUUACUGAGUGUAUUUUGAAUUAAAAGAGGCAGAAAAAUGUGGCAUAAGGUAGGUUAUUGCUGAUAUUCAUAAAAUCUUCUUCUCCAUACUUUGCCUUUACAGUGGUGCCUUUAGUUUCUGUGGUGUGAUGCCUCUGGUCAGUUGCUUGUGAUCAGAGCCCAGGUUGAAUGGUGGUUACUGUAACCAGGUAUAUCCUGUGCCCUGGUAAACAGAAUCUGGAAUGUUCCUCUGUAACAAAUACCCAAGGCCAUAAAUCCUGUGGACCCCUGGGUCCUAUAUAGCCACUGCAGGUUCUCAGUUGGUACUCACUUGAGUUUAACCAGCAGAGCAAGAGCUUCAUAAUUGCAUCUUAACUCAAGUUGCACUAGAAAUGUAUAAUAAGAAGCAAUGAAUUUUACUACUCGUACUAUCUCAAUUGGAGCAUAAAGCAUGAGAGAAAUAAAAACUAGAUUUUCAGUCUGAACAAAGGAUACCAUACCAGACACUGAAAAUGUGCAAAAGUCUUCUCACUGCAUGGUUAGGACAAGCUGCAUAGAGCCAAACACAACUAAGAACUAUAAUGGAUACUACAAAAAAGGUAUUUUACUGAAUUAAGAGUUUAGGUUUGGCUUAGAGACUUCUUUUC